GGACUCUUGUGUGGGAACACCUACCAAUUAUACCUAAGGUCUCGCAACAAAAUUGGAAGCAGCCCGUCGUCGCCUGUCCUCUCGGUCCGAACACAAGGACAAGCGCCAGGAAUUCCACCCGCUGCGUCUUUUCUCAGUCCAAACUCGACGACGCUUGUCCUGCGACUCCACGUGUGGCCCGACAAUGGCUGUCCGAUCCUCUACUUCGUGAUUCAGUAUAGACCCAUCAACGAGUUCCACUGGACGCUGGUGUCGAAUAGCGUCAAGAUGCAACGACGUUUCAUCGUGACGAACCUGCAGCCUAGCUCGGUUUACCAAUUGAAAGUCGAAGCGCACAAUGUAGCUGGCAGCAACCAAGCGGAAUUUACAUUUGUAACGUUGACGAAGGAAGGUGAACCACCCUCGCCAGAACUCUCGAAACGCGGUAUCGCAUCGGCUGUGCCGUUUUACGCUGACGUGAGGGUGAUGCUGCCGUUGAUAGUGACCAUCGUUGCUUUGCUGAUCGCCGUGGUGAUCGUAGCCUUUCGCUGGAAAAACAGAUAUCUUGGGGACAGGGUUCAACGGCCGAUGAAAGAGUCUCAGGAGAACCAACAGAAUGCGGAGACGCAAAGGGAACGAUACUACGCCACCAUUCACAAGGUCGCCUUGCAACAAGCGAAUACGGGCGGAGGGCCCGACAAGAUUCCAGAGACAGCGGAGGACAUCUCUCCGUACGCUACGUUCCAGCUUUCGGAGGGUGGCGGGGGAAGCCUGGCCGGGUUGGGAGGUCUGGGAGGACUGGGAGGCGCGGCGGAAGCUUCAGCAGCCGGUCUCCACCCGAACAACACUCUUCUUCACAGUUUCAUGUAUCACGAGCACGCCAUGACCGAAGGGUGCGCAAGUCCUCCGCCUGCCGCGACC